AUGGCAGCGCCCAUAGCGCCCCUCGCUCAGUUCCAGCCCAUCACUUUGAAGCUUUCGGGCAAAGUGAUCAAAAAUCGAAUGUAUAGGACCCCGCUCAGUGAAUAUGCCUCUACUUACGACGAAAAUAACGUCAAAAACUGCGGGAAGCCUUUACCUCGCUACGCAGAACUGUACCAAGAUCUCGCAGAUGGUGGUGCAGGCCUCAUAUGUACAGGAAACAUUCCGAUCCACCGAGACAACCUGGAGAACUACAACAAUGCGGUCCUCGACAUUAAUAACCCUUGGGAUCCCGUGGAGGCAUUCGCACCCGCUGUCCAAGCGGCCAAAUCCCGAGGUGCCUUAUUCCUACCCCAGUUGCAGUUCCCCGGAAGACAGGUCCCCGAAUUCCUGAACCCGAAUCCGAAGUCGUCGGCUGAUCAGCAACUGGAACCGUGCCUUAACAAAAGCUACGGCAAGCCAUCGCCACUGACGACAGAAGAGAUAAAGGAUCUGGUUCAACGAUAUGUAUGGGCGUCGGAAGUGCUUUCCAAAGCUGGGGCCGAUGGAAUUAUUUUGCAUGCGAGUCACGGAUACAUCAUGCAGCAAUUCCUCUCGCCGUUGAUUAACAAGCGCACAGACAAGUACGGAGGAAGCCUAGAAAACCGCGCCCGUUUUAUUCUCGAAAUCGUCCACGCUAUAAAGGCGAGAUUGCCGUCUAACAAAUUCGUCAUUGCAGCUAAGUUGAACUGCCAGGACUUCAUCGAAGGCGGAACGAGCUUUGCAGAGACGUGCGUCGUCAUCAAAUGGCUCGAGGACGCCGGUGUUGACUUUUUUGACAUCUCAGGGGGCACAUAUGCUUCUCCCGCGUGGAGAGGAAAUAUUAUGACCCAGUUGGCUGAGCGUCCAUCCCAAAAGGAACGUGGGAGUUAUUUUAUUGAAUGGGCGCAGGAGCUUAAAAAGGUUCUCUCUCGUGCUGUCAUUGGAACUACAGGAGGCUGGCGUGAUAGUCAUCGCAUGUCGGAGGCUGUAGAACACGGCGAUAUCGACAUGAUUGGACUUGGAAGGCCAUUGCGAGAGGAUCCGAACUUCGUUAAUCAGGUAUUACGAGGAGAGGUGAGACGCAGCAAUCUCUAG